AUGGCAUCCACUCGCGAACUCCCAAUUUCUCUUCUUCUCUCCUUACUCGGAAAGGACAAAAUCAGUUCAAACUCUCUCUUGCAUUUACCAUGGCAACUUCAGCAGCUUCUUACAUGUCAAAAACCUUCUGAAACCCCCAAGAACACACGUACUGCUACAUCACCGGCGCCUCAAUACCUACCCUCGUCACCAACUCUGAAAACCACACUUCCAGCAGGCGGCAAUGCUACUCAAAGUGUUAACAAGCUUAAUACACCAGGCGGGUCGACGCCAGAAGUGAUUGAGACCGUGGUUUCAGGGCCGUACAAUUAUUUGAAAGCAUGUCCUGGCAAGAAUAUUCGCAAACAGCUCAUCAUGGCCUUCAACAUUUGGUACUCAGUUCCCGCGGACCGCCUAGAGAUCAUCACAAACGUGAUUGAUAUACUACACACUGCGUCUCUGUUGAUGGAUGACGUGGAGGACAACUCCUUCUUACGUCGUGGCAUCCCGGUCGCUCAUAGCAUCUUCGGCAUCCCACAGACAAUCAACAGUGCUAACCACAUGUACUUCUGUGCCCUCAAAGAACUCCGAAAGCUAGAGAACCCUAGCGCGACGGACAUCGUUGUCGAUGAGCUGUUACAGCUGCACCGCGGCCAGGGUAUGGACUUGUAUUGGCGAGACUCGUUGAUCUGCCCCACGGAGGAGGAGUAUUUACAAAUGGUUGGGAACAAGACGGGUGGUUUAUUCCGCCUGGGCAUCAAACUUAUGCAAUCUGAGUCGACGAAGCCAGAGCCGCCCAACUGUGUGCCUUUAGUUGACUUGCUAGGGCUCAUCUUUCAGAUUCGAGAUGACUACCAAAAUCUGCAGUCUGAAGAGUACACCAGCAAGAAGGGGAUGUGCGAGGACUUGACGGAGGGGAAGUUCUCCUUUCCAAUCAUCCACAGUAUUCGUCAUGACCCGAAUAACCAUCAGUUGCUCCAAAUUCUGAAGCAGAAGACCACAGAUGACGAAAUCAAGAAGUAUGCUAUUCAAUACAUGGAGAGUACUGGAAGUUUUGAAUAUACCCGGCAGGUGCUGGGUGCUUUGGUCGCAGAAGCGAGAGUCGUCACGGAUAAGGUUGAAGGGAAGGUGAAGAACCAGCAUAUACAUAAGUUGUUGGACAAAUUGGCAGUAUGA